UCUACUCAAAAUUGUUUAUAUUUCCACAUAGAUCUGUAUCUGUCCAUGCCUCCUUUCAUCAGUCCAUCCAUUUCUGAAGAUUUGGUUCCCAUGCUGGUCCAUGCUGCCCAAUGUGUCUCUUCUUUAUUUGAAGUUCAUGAAAGAUUUCUUUCUUGUAUCAGCUUCAGUUCCACUCCUCUGUAUUGAUCUUUCAUUUUUUGUUGACCUGUUCACUGGCAUCUGCUUCUGUUUAGGCCCUAUUAUUUAUGUCUUUCAAAACUACACUAUGAACUUCAAGCUUGUCUUCCUUUCUUGCUUUUCCUUCAAUCUUCAGCUCAAUCAUUAUUGUCUUGAGAGUAAUUUUAGGCUGCAGGAAAUAUUUUUUUAGAAUAUUGGUUUAUUUGAUUAGCAGCAAAAUAGUGCAUAACUGGCAUUUUAGAUGUAUUGCAGUCAUACAGAUUUUUAUUUCCGUAUCUACCAAUUUACUUCUGUCCUCAAUCCUCUGUCUGUUUGCUUCUCUCCCAGGUAUGUCUUCCUAUAUGAAUCAAUGACUGUUAUCAUCCUAUCUAAUGUGUUAAUACUUUACUUGCAGGAUAUUCAGUCUCUAUUUUUCCAUUGUUUUGCUACUUACACACAAUGCUUGAAGCAAGACAUGGGAGAGGAGAAUCAAACCAUGGUGGCUGAAUUCAUAUUCACUGGAUCUUCCAAUCAGCUCAUAACAAGGAUAAUAUUAACUGGAUUCUUCUUUUUGGCCUACUUGGUAACCCUGCUUGGAAAUGGCCUCAUCAUCCUUCUCACCAUAUGUGAUCCUCACCUUCACACCCCCAUGUACUUCUUCCUCAACAAUUUGUCCCUUCUGGACAUCUGCUAUUCAUCAAGCAUCAUCCCACAAGCACUGGUAAAUUUCUCAGUUGAGAGACCAACCAUUUCCUUCGCCAGGUGUUUCUGUCAGAUGCUAAUCUCACUCUUUUUAGGAUCCACAGAGUGCUUCCUGCUGGCAGUCAUGGCUUAUGACCGCUAUGUUGCCAUCUCCAACCCACUGCGCUAUACAGUUAUAAUGAGCAAGACACGUUGCAUCCACCUGGCACUGGCGUCCUGGAUAGUCACAAUCCUGCUGACAGUUGUCCCUUUUUUUGUGAUGCCAUCGCAAUUCUGUGGAAAGAAUGAGCUUGACCAUUUCACGUGUGAAGUCCUUGCUGUAAUGAAGCUGGUUUGCUCAGACACCUCCAAGAACCAAAUCUUCAUGUUUGCCAGUGCAUCACUUACCCUCUUUGCUCCUUUCUUCUUCAUCCUGUUCUCUUACAUGCGCAUCAUCAUGACCAUCUUAAAGAUUCACUCAUUGGAUGGCAGGUCCAAGGCUUUCUCCACCUGUGGCUCCCACCUGACUGUGGUGACCAUAUUCUAUGGAACAGCCAUGUUCAUGUACCUCAAACCCCAGUCCAAGUCAUCGCAAGAGCAGGACAAGAUAAUAACUGUGUUUUAUGGGAUCGUGACGCCCAUGUUAAACCCUCUAAUCUACACACUGAGAAACCAGGAAGUGAAAGCGGCCCUGCAGAGAGUCACUGGGAGGAAAAGAAAUACUUAG